CGGGCGCGGAUUGGCGGCGCGGCGUGGCGGGGCGCGGCGGGUGAAUGAACGUGGCGCGAGGCGCGGGGCAGCGAAGGGACCCCUGUGCGGCGGAGCGGCGCGGCGCGGCGCGGCCCCGAGGGCGCAGCGGCCACUCGGCGGACCCACGCUGGCCGCCACCGCCAGCGGCCGGGGCCAUGGGCACACCAGCCUCGGUGGUGAGCGACCCUCCGGGGCGAGCGGCGCCCGCGACCCGCGGCCGCAAGCGAGCCUCGGCCAACAUCUUCCAGGGCGUGGGGCUACCGGAGCUGCGGAGCCUGUUCCGGAGCGGCGGGGCCGAGCGGGCCGAGGAGCGCGCCCGCCUCGUCUGGCGGUACGCAGGCCAGCGGCGCAUGGCACGGGCCCUACGGCGGCUCCGGCGGCAGCGGCCGGCCCAGCCCGGCGGCGGGAUGGCAGCGCUGCGGCGCUUUGGCCGCCUGCGGAUCACGGAGAAGGAGCCAGAGGGUGGCAGCGGGGCCGAGGUGCCCUCAGGGUCGAUGUAGCAGCUCUGAGAUGACAGGCUGUGGAGGAGCGGGGCUGCUGGAAAGCAGGUGCCAGGACAGCCAGGCUCUCUGAGGACACUAAGUGUACUGGACAGGGUGCAAUGGUUAAUAAAAGGUGGACAGCGG